AUGUCUUUCAUUGAAGUUAAUAGUGAUUCUGAUUUUCCCAUUCAAAAUUUACCAUAUGGUAUUUUUUCAACAAAAGAUAAUACUAAACCCAGAAUUGGUGUUGCAAUUGGAACAAAAAUUUUAGAUUUAUCUGUCAUCAAACAUUUAUUUGAUGGAGCACAAAUGAAAGAUAAACAAAAUGUUUUUGAAGAAACAACACUUAAUAAAUUUAUGUCACUCGGUAAAUCAGCAUGGAAAGAAACUCGACAACGAUUACAAGAACUUCUAUUCGAUAGUUGUAAAAUAUUAAAAGAUAAUAAUGAUUUACGAAAACAAGCUUUCGUCGAACAAAAAGACGCUAAUAUGCAUUUGCCUGCACAAAUAGGUGAUUAUACGGAUUUCUAUUGUUCAAAAGAACAUGCAACUAAUGUUGGUACAAUGUUUCGUGGAAAAGAAAAUGCACUUAUGCCAAACUGGUUACAUUUACCUGUUGGAUAUCAUGGACGAGCUUCAUCUGUUGUUGUAUCCGGAACAGAUAUUCGUCGACCUAAUGGACAAACAUGUCCUGAUGAAACUAAACCACCAACAUUUGGAAAUUGUAAAUUACUUGAUAUUGAACUUGAAAUGGCAUUUUUUAUUGGCACUGAAGGUAAUCAUCAAGGAGAACCAAUUACAAUGGAUAAAGCUGAUGAAUAUAUUUUUGGUCUUGUUAUUAUGAAUGAUUGGUCAGCACGUGAUAUACAAAAAUGGGAAUAUGUUCCAUUAGGUCCAUUUACUGCAAAAAAUUUUGGUACAACUAUUUCACCAUGGAUAGUAACUAUGGAUGCAUUACAAGAUGCUUUAUGUACUGGACCAACACAAGAUCCAACACCAUUAUCUUAUUUAACUCAACAAGAACCAAGUGCAAUAGAUAUUGAUUUAAAAGUCUCAUUAAAACCAAAUCAAUCUUCGAAAGAAUACACAAUCUGUCAAUCAAAUUUAAAACAUAUGUAUUGGAGUUUAAAACAGAUGCUUGUUCAUCAUACAGUCACAGGAUGUAAUCUACGUGCUGGUGAUUUAAUUGCAACGGGUACAAUUAGUGGCCCAACGCCUGAUUCAUGUGGAUCAAUGCUUGAAUUAACAUGGCGAGGAAGUAAACCAUUAGUGUUAGAUGAAAAUUUAACAAGAAAAUUUCUUGAAGAUGGUGAUACAGUAACAAUGACUGGUUUUUAUCAAGGUAAUGGUUUCAAAAUUGGUUUUGGACAAUGUACGGGAACCAUUAUUCCAGCAUUACCUUUACCAAAAUAA